AAUAACUCAACGUAACAAUGAUUGAAAAAAAGAAAACCGAACCGACCAUGCUUCGGACGAAAAAAAACAUCCCCAUAAAAACAUGUCCCCAUUUCCCAAUCGACAAUCGUCAUGCUUUAUAAACUGAGAGAAAAAAAAAAAAAAAAAAAAACACAGAGAAACCAAAACAUAAAAUCUAGAGAUAGAAAGUGCGGCAAACACCUAUAAAAAGAGAAAAAAUUUCACACCUCUGCUUCUGCCUUACAUUUCGGAACCCUCUGUUCCCUCCUUUUCCUCACCGUCUCUUCUUUUUUAUUAUUUUCUAUUCCUUUCCGUCGAGUCGAGUUGUUUCUUCUUCUUCUUCUUAUUCUUCAUUGUUUUAAGCUGCCGCAAUACGAUGUCGUCGGGAGGUGCAAACAACUCGGCAAGCGGAAGCCCAAUACAUGGUGGAUCCACCACUACAAGACGACGCGUGGCAGAUCUUCCGACAGUAGAGUCUGACAUCAACAGUUCAUCUUCUUGUUCGGACUAUUACACCCUCGCCUCCAACCCCAACGGGUACAUUCCCUCCUGCGGGUCCCAUUGUUUGCACGACCACCCCGUGAUCAGGUAUCUGCUGCUUCGCAGGAAGUUAUUCUCUUGGGUGCCCGAUACGUCGUUCAUCUGGAUUGACGACACGUGUCAUCAGGCUGUUACUAUGGCUCAGAGUUUGAUAUCCUGCAGGAACAUGGGCCGUAAGAUCCUUGGAGUUCUGUUGUUUGUGGCGGUUGUUUCGUUUUUUCUCAAAGUCUCGAUUCUUAGUAGCCACGUCGAGGUUAACGGCAAAUGGAAAAGAGAAAACGGACUUGUGAUCUUGCAGACGUUUAAAGAGGAUUGGACCUUGGCCCAACGCGUUGUCACCGAGACCCAUGUCGAGUCCCGAAUUGAACGCUCCAUGCCCAAACGCGUUCUUGAAAGGGUCUCCAGCCCAGAAAUUUGGAUGAAACCAAACAGUGACAAUUAUAAGCAAUGUAUAUCUCGACCCAAGAAUCCAAUAAGGACCGGAUCAAAGACUAAUGGUUAUAUUAUGGUUUAUGCCAAUGGUGGACUGAAUCAAAUGAGAACAGGAAUAUGUGAUAUGGUUGCUGUUGCCAAGAUAAUGAAUGCCACCCUCGUUCUUCCUUCUCUUGAUCAUGAGUCAUUUUGGACAGACCCAAGUGAUUUUAAGGAUAUUUUUGACUGGAGGCACUUCAUCAAUGUAUUGAAGGAUGAUAUUGAAAUUGUUGAGUAUCUACCCGUUAAGUACACAGCAAUAAAGCCCCUUGUAAAGGCCCCUGUUUCCUGGUCAAAGGCUAGUUACUACAGAAGGGAGGUGCUCCCAUUACUAAAGCGACAUAAGGUGAUCAAGUUCACGCACAGUGAUUCAAGGCUUGCUAAUAAUGGCCUCGCAACCUCCAUUCAAAGACUACGGUGCCGUGCCAAUUAUGAGGCUCUCCGCUAUACGAAAGAGAUACAGGAUCUUGGGAGGACAUUAGUUGAUAGACUAAAGAACAAUAAUGAGCCAUACAUUGCUUUACACUUAAGGUAUGAGAAGGAUAUGCUUGCAUUCACAGGCUGCAUCCAUAACCUUACUGCAGAAGAGGGUGAUGAACUCACAGUUAUGAGAUACAAUGUUAGACAUUGGAAGGAGAAAGAGAUAGAUAGUGAAGAGCGGCGAAGUCAAGGGGGAUGUCCAAUGACCCCUAGAGAGGCAGCCGUGUUCCUCAAGGCCAUGGAUUACCCAUCCAGCACGCCUAUCUACAUUGUCGCAGGAGAGAUUUAUGGCAGCAAUAGCAUGGCAGCCUUCCGAUCAGAGUAUCCAAAUGUCUUCUCUCAUUCUACUUUAGCAACUGAAGAAGAGCUGGAACUGUUCAAGCCAUAUCAGAAUCGCCUUGCUGCCUUGGAUUAUAUUGUGGCACUUGAAAGCGACGUCUUUGUUUAUACCUAUGAUGGGAAUAUGGCCAAAGCAGUACAGGGGCACAGAAAGUUUGAAGGAUUUCGAAAGACCAUCAACCCUGACAGACAAAAUUUUGUCAAACUCAUUGAUCAGCUGGAUGAGGGUGUAAUAUCUUGGGAACAGUUUUCUUCGGAAGUAAAGAGUUUACACUCUGAUAGGCUUGGAGCACCGUACCUAAGACAGCCAGGAGAGUCACCACGACUAGAGGAGAAUUUUUAUGCAAAUCCCCUUCCUGGGUGCAUCUGUAGCAGUUCUUGGGAGCAGCAAAUUAGCAGCCUGAAGCUUGACCAGAAGUUCAGAUCAAAGAUAGCAUAUUAGUUGGUGGAUUGUCAGUUGAAUUAUACACUGCCCUUUGCAGGAUGGCUGAUAGGGAUUCUUGAAUUAAGGUGCUUUCCCCCUGGUAGGGAGACUUGCAGCAGCCACCUACACGGCUGAGAAAUCUUACGGUUUCAGAUCUCUCAUGCGAUUCGAUCUCAGCUGAAUUAUAUGAUACCAGUUUCAGUUUUGUUAGAGGACCCAACCAGCAACUUGGUAAGCAGAGAAGAUGAUGUAUAAUUCUGAGGCAAAUUAGGUUAGUUAUACACGCACAAACUGAUCAUACGUCUCAGUGGAAUCACAGCAUUGACUUAUUCAUUAUUCUUUCAAUAAUUUGGUUGUAAAAAAAAUGCAUUUGCCAAAUUACCCUCUUAGGAAUUCGGAUGUAAUAUCUGAAAUGGUACAUAAUAGAGAUUGUUUCCCAAAUGUUACCAAAUUUCCAU